AUUUUUUUCUAGAUGGCGGUUUGAUUAAGGCGAUGUAUGUAAACAAAAAGCGUAAACACCAAGCCGAGUGACUCACGAUGACGAAGUUUUCAUUAUCAUAUCACAACCACAAGAAACGUUAGUUGCAAUCCGACACUCAGCGCAAAUUCUCGCUUGCAUCUUAGCACGUUUUUUACGCGUAUUCAAUAUAAAUUGAUUGCAUUCGUAAUUUUUAUCAAGGUCGUGUCGUCGAGUGAACGCGCGUGACACACUUUUAGUAUAGCGAACGGAAUAUUUCACGUAUUUCCCCAACUACGAGAACAAAGAGACUUAUUUUAUGAUUAUUAUUUAACACUUUCUAACGAUCGAAGCACCAGCCUGUUGAUCCAAACACGUGAGAAGUGGUUCAUACGUUAGAACGGGAGGAUGCGAGCGUUCGCCGCGUGGGUGUGUUGAAAAUUGAAUAAAAAAUGAUUAAAAGGAACGGCGAUAAUGUAUUUGCGAUCGCGUCGAACAACAAUCAGUGUCAGGGCGCGAGGAGCGCCGUCUCGCUCUGUCCCGGCGGCGCGGCGGGCGGUAGCGGCGCAGCCAGCACGAGGAUCCCGCGAGCCACUGCCGCGAGAAUGACGCCUCCCGACACGCAUCACAACACUAAAGAGGCGAAUAUUGCGCUCUCGACUUACGUGGAAAAAUGGAAAAACAGAUACGAAGAUGCCGAAAGAAAACACAGGACACACCUUAUAAAAUCAGAAAAAGCGAAGCGCGAGCACGAUGAUCUCCUGCGCCGCUACAACAUCCUCGUCGAGGAACACAAACACGUGGAGAGUGAGCUCGCCGACCGCGAACGGGAGCUGAACAAGCUCAGACAUGUCUCGGAGAAGCUGUUUCAUGAGUACCAGCAGCUCAAGCACCAGAGCGAGAUCGAUGCAGAACUUAUGCAAAAGGUAAUGCAACAGGCUGGAGAAUGGUACAAACAGAACAAGCAACUAAAGAGACGUAGCACGGUACUGCUGAGCCAGCUGCCUGCUCGGGCAGAUAUCGAACUCGACUGCACGGACACAGCAUCAGACACCAGUAGCAACGAAGAGGUGGAAUUCCUGAAACAGCAAAUAGCAGAGCUGACACAACAAGUGGCCUCUUUGCAGACGGAGGCCAACGCGGCCAAGUUGCAUGAGUUCGAGGCCCACGAGAUCAAUGUGACCACUACACAGGAGCUAGAAUCCGAGCGAGAGAAAUGCCAAGCGCAAGAGAAGGAAUUGGAGGAACUGAGAAGACAAAUCGAGCGCCACAACCGCGUGUCGAAGCUGCUCAUGGACGAGGUGUCCGCGCUGAAGAACAACGCCGACAAGGACAGGCAGAUGGCCGAGACCUACAAGUCCGAGGCGCUGUCGGCCAAGAAGCGCGUGCGCCAGCUGACGCACCAGUCGGCGCUGCUGAUGGGCGAGCUGGAGCUGGACGAGCGCCUGCUGCUGGUGCUGGCCGAAGUGGACAGCCUCAAGCAGGCGCUGGACAGCCAGGCGCAGCGCCACCAGGACCAGCUCGAGGACUUGCAGUUGAAACUAGCAGAAAAACAUGAAGACACAGACAUACUUCUUUGGGAAGAGAAAAUCAAAUUGGCAGAGGAAGAUGCACAGAAGGCUCUGGAACGCGCCGAAAAGGCCGAAAAAAAGGUCGCUGAGGCUGAGAAGCGGUUAGCAGAGUUUGAAAGAAAACCGCAGAAAAAGACUAGUCUUAUGUCCAGGAUAAGUUACUUUGAGAGUGGAGGGGAGAAGAAGGACGUCGAAGAAAAAGUAGAAAUUCUGGCGCCACCAUCAGAGCCAGCACAAUUACCCCUUCCACCUCCCUCACCUCCGCCAACCGUCAGUACAGAAUCGGCGUCUCCUCCACCCCCUCCCGCCGCCCCUCUGCCUCCUCCGCCCCCGCCGCCUCCCCCCAUGAACCUCCCGCCCCCGCCCCCGCCGCCCCCUCCCGCGCCCGCGGUAUUCUCUGCGGCGUCCACCGUCGAGGACAUGGCGCAGAUGUUGGCCAACAAACAGGGGACUUUGAAGAAAGCCAAUAAACAGAACGGAGGUGGAGCGAUAGAUGCAAUAGUGGACCAAAUAAAAGGCGGCAAGUUCCAGCUCAAGUCUCGCGAACAGAACUUUCUCGAACGGAAACCUAAAGAGGAACAACCUGAAGCCGUUAAAGAAAUGCUCACGAUCUUGGGAACGUUGAGAAAACGACGCAGCGUCAACCGACCAGGGUUCGUCGCGCAGGGAGAAGCUUGACGGUUCCGACAACUUCAAAAGAGGCAUUUUAGCUGUAAGUCAUAGUCUUCCUAUAAGAUCUCGAUUGAGCAUUGCAAACUGGUGAGCGAGAACUUUAACGCACCGGACUGAACACUGUCAAUUACGAAUAGUACACAAUUUAUAUAAAAUUUUAUACG